GCAUCAAGCAUCCUCUACUGCCAGAGACGCUAGACAUGCCACUGCCAGAGCUGGAGAAACUCGCGACGGUUGCGACUCUCGAUGUUACAUUUCAUGACAAGGAAAACAAGGUAGAGCUCUCUCACCCGGAAGUACAGCUGCGGCUGCUGGGGGUUUUCCCUGACAGGAUAUGCCAGAUUUUGCCACACACUGAGAAGAUUGAGAACAUUGAUACCCAGAAGUGGACCAUUCAUGCUGAAGAG